AUGAAGAAGUUAACUAAUACUACUACACCUUUUGUGAAAUUAGAGCAACAGGCUGGGGUAACCGUUACAAGUAGUUCAAAUGUAAACGGUACAAGACCUAUUCUUUCUCUUGAUCAAACUAUGCCUACAAUUCCACGUCAACCAAUGUGCCCACCACUUCAACCUCCUAUUGGUUAUAGAUAUGGUAGUUACGCAAAUAACAAUCUUUCUAACCAAAUAAUGGUUUUACCGCGUUGUAAUAGAAGAGCGACUGCACCGGUUGCGCAAGGUAUUGCAAGAGCGACUGACGAAAAGGCUAGCUAUGACGAUGUUUUAACUUUUACUGGAGUUAACCUAAAAGAAGAAACAGAUAAUAUUCUAAGAGAGAAUGAAUUAUUGGGAGCUCGACAAGCUGCUUCUACGAUACAACCUUCAGAUCGCUCACGGACGCAGAGUUUCUUGGAUCAAAAUAAACUUACAAAUGUAGUUACAUCUAUAGCUAUGCAACAAAAGUUAAGAGUUGAUCCUGAUGUGAUGACCUAUUUAGCUCUUGCUACACAAGAAAGGAUAAGAUCUUUAGUGGAAGCAAUGAUUGUUGCUAAAAAUCAUCGGAUACAAUCGGAACUUGUACAUCAUCCAAGUGUAACUGAUGUUAAGAAUCUACCAAUGUAUAAAGAAGUUGCUAGUUUAGAUGUAAAAUCACAAUUACUUGCAAUUGAAAAGGUAGAACGUGAGCAAGAACGUAAACGGGCAGGAUCAAAGCAUUACAAUAAAAUGAGAGAUGAAUACGCAAAAGAUCAAUCAGGAACAACAUCAGUAACACCUACCGUUGCACCAAAACGUCAUAAACGUCAAAAAAAAGAAAGAGAGGGCACGUUACCUACAUCAUCCAUACAUAAACUUACGGUUAAUACGAAAAAUACCAAUAUGACUGCUUUAUCAGCAGCUGGUGGUAAAACUAAGAGUUGGAUGAUUGAUAUUCAACCUGAAACUUCAACAAUUAAUGGAAAUGAUACAUCUGAUUUUAAACCAUCACGUGGACGUUCUAACUUUAAAAAUCUUACUAUUGCCAACAAAGGAGAAUCCCAACUAGUAGGAAGUUCAUUCACCCAUUUCGUAACCAAUCCAUCCAUUACCGGUCGUCAGCAACCACUUAAUGGUACUAUUUCAACAAUUACAGUGAAAGACGCUCUCUUCGUGUUAGAAAAAGAUCAUGGUGAUGGCGGCAAUGGCGGAUGUAGUCGUGAAGUUUUAAUGAAG